AUCAGUUUUUGUGCUCACCGUCCUGGAACACAGUUGUUCGGAAUGUCAGAAUAUUUGUGAGUGGCUGUGCGUCGCAUAUAAAAUGAACCAUGGUGAUCUAUCUGUGCCCGGUGGAUAGAAAGUACGCUUGCUCUUGGGAGGGCAAUUCCUCAGACAUCUUGGACCAUUUCGAGAAGGAGCACGAUGAUCUACUCUUCUUCACCAACACCAUCAAGAUAGACCUGAAGACUCCUUCCGAGAACAGGCUGUUCUUCAUCGACGACGAGGUUUACCUCGGUCAAACGAAGAUAUACGAUAACGUUUUAGUUAUAUAUUUAAGAUACUUGGGCCCUGAGAAGUUAGCAGCUAAGAUAUCCUACACGGUCAAUCUAAGAUCCGGAGAUCAACUCGUAAGUCAGGAAUACGUGUCGGUAUCCGAACAAGGAAGUUUGGAAAUUAAACUAGAAUCUCUAGAAGAGGUCUACAAUGAAGUUGAACACCUCCACUGCACUUUUAACAUAACCAAAGGUUUCGGCAGCAACAGUUCCGACGAUGGGGUCUUCCUUGAGGACGACCUACACCACGACACUUUUGAUUUUCUCCACAUGCCCAUUCCUAGGAAGAGAAGCUUGGACGAAGGAAAGCGAAAAAGCUUCCCAAGCCAAGGUAAUGAAAGUGAGGUCAACGAAGUGUCGCUUGUGCGAUCGAAAACUAUAAACUACGAAGAAAUAAAGAGGAGGAACAUCCUCAAAAGGGCGAGUAGCAACCUAAGCUUAGGGGCUAUCCUAGAAAGUGACUCGGACUUAAACUGUACCAACUGUGGAAUAAUAUUGGUGCCUCCGAUAUUUCUCUGUCCUUGUGGUCACAGUUUCUGCUUAAAAUGCAAGAGCGGGAUCUGCAAAGUCUGCAUGGAAGAUAUAACUGACGAAAGGAACACAGAACUAGAAGGAAAAUACAAUAAGUACUUGCACCCGUGCAAGUAUAAGAAAGGGGGAUGUCCCCAAAAGCUCAUCUACAGCGACCUUAAUGAACACGAAGCUAGCUGCGCUUUCUGCGAUUAUAAAUGUCCCAUGGAUGAAUGCAGCUUCGUGGGACAAUUCAAGGGCUUGAGCAAACAUCUCAAAUUGAUACAUGGCAGCACGAAAAUCCUCGAAGCUUUUAUAAUGUUCUUCCAGAACACCUCAGAAGCGUUUUUGGUGAACGAGGAGAAAGGAAUAUUUUACUGUUACGUAAAAUAUUUCCCCGAUAAUGUUCUAUGGGAAGCCGUUUUCUGCGGGCCCAAAGAGAGGAGGUUUUUCUGCGAAUUGAAAUUUAAAGAAGGCAAACUGAAGAAACCUCUGCUGCUGAGGCAUAUCGAAAAUACGUACAGCGUACGAAUGAGCUUUCAAGAACUUAAAAGACUGAAGUUAAAGUCUAAAAAUGCUGUACUUACUAUUACGUGUUAAAUUGAAGCGGUUUAAACAAUUAGAAUCGUAAUUUAUUAGUGUUUAAGCUGUCACUGAAGUGCAAAAACAUACAGUGUAGGAAAGUCUAGAUGGUCUAUCAGAAGUUACGUGAGAGCGAUAAAGUAAGCCAUAGAAAUCCAUGUGAUA